CUUCCCGGUCUCCGGCCGGGGCUCCUAAGCGCUGGCCCGGCGGGAAAGGGGUUAUGUGGCGGGCCGGCCCCUGUCCGCCCCUCCCCCUCUCCGGGAGGAGCCGCGCGGUGGCCCGCCCCGCCCUCCCUUCCCCAUCCUCCCCUCCGGGCCCGGGCCCCGGGCAGCCCGCCGCAGGUGCGGGCGGCUCCCAGUAUCCCAGCAGGCACCAGCCGCGUCCCAGCAUGGCCGGCCGGGGGGGGCCCCAAGAAGGGGAUGGCCCCCCGGGGGAGGCCCCCCAGCCCCCGAGUGAGGAGUCCGGGGGAGACCCCGGGGAAACGCUGGAGAAGGCCCGGGAGCUUUUCUUCCUGUGUGACAAGGAGGCCAAAGGCUUCAUCACCAAGGCGGACCUGCAGAGGCUCCAGAACGAGCUUCCCCUGACCCGGGAGCAGCUGGAGUCCGUAUUUGAGAGCCUGGACCGAGGGCACGCGGGCUUCCUGACCCCCCGAGAAUUCAGCAUGGGCCUGGGAGCGUUUGUGGGAGCGGAGAUGCCGGGGAGCGGCCCCGCCUUGGGGUCCCAGGAGGAGACCUUUGAGUCCGGCUGGCUCCCGGGGCCCGGGGCCCCGGAGGAGGAGGAGGCCGGGGAGGGGGACCCGGGGCCCCUGGGGCUGGGGGCCGCCCCCGUCCUGGCGAGGAGCGGCCGACCGGCCGGCGCCGCCAGCUGGGGCCCGCUGGGGGCAGGGCAGCACCAGGUGCGAGCCCUGGCUGAGCUCGGGAGGGCCCGAAAGUGGGGAGCCGAGGAUGUGCUGCUGCCGGUCCUCCCGCCUGGGGAGGGGCGAGGGGGCUUGGGCGGCCCCCCAGGGGAGCGGGCGCUGGGGGGGGGCGGGCGACCCGAGAAGGAAUCGGUGUUUGGAAGAAAUGGACAGCAGAUCCUGAGGCGGGAGCGGCUGCAAAACCAGGACUCCUCCCGUCAGGACCGGCUCAGUCACAUCCUGCAGGAACUGCAGAAUCGAGACCAGGAGCUAGAUCGGGCCAGCCGCGGCCAGAGGGAGCUAGAGCAGCAGCUGCAGCAGCGGACGUCGGAGCGGCUGGAGAUGCAGGUGCAGAACGCCCAGCUCUGGCUGGCCAAUGAGGAGCUCCGGACCCAGCUGGAGCAGAGCCGGGCCCAGCUGGAGCAGAGCCGGGCCCAGCUGGAGGCGGCUCAGGAGCAGCUGCUGCAGCUGCAAAUGGAAGCCCAGGCUGAGAAGGAGCAGAAGCACAGGGAUGCGGUCAUUGUGUCUAGGAACAUGCAGAAGGAGAAACACAGCCUCCUCCGGCAACUGGAGCUCCUGAGGGACCUGAACAGGAGGCUGCGGGAUGAGAGAGACGCCUUUGACGCCAGGAAGCUGCUCCUGGCCCAGGAAGCCACGGCUCUGCUGGUCUCCAGCAAGCCUGGAGGCCGCGGCCUCAGCCCUCGCUCAACGUGAAGGACUAAGACCCUGCAACAUCAGUGCUGUCCUGAGUAGCCUCCGUCGGAGCUCCCAUCUCCAAAUAAACCCGGCCAUGCACCCACC